AUGUGUCUCAAGCCGCCCCAAUCACCAGAUCUCGACUAUACACCAAAGCGGCCUGCUGGCAUUGACGAGCUCGCCCAAAAGAGAGCGCACUCCCGCGACCUUCACACCAUCGUCAUCUCUCUGGACCCUGCCGGCCCUGCGACCCGCAUUGACGUGGUUCUCCCAGCCGAUUGUGCCGUCAUCCCCAGCAGCCUCUGUCUGACACGCAAGACGUUUCGACCCUCUGGCCUUCACUGCCCGCCGCCCGAACUGCCACGCUUCUGUCAUUCCAUCCCCAAAAGUCAAGUGCCUCCCAGCCAAAUCCUGCCGACGGACGAAAACACCCGAAAUGAGGAGGCCGAUAUUCGAAUGCCCUCAGCGGCGCUUGGUCGAGCUCUUAGUCUUGGCGUCAGCAGCAACAGCAGCAACAAUCAGCGUCGGAAGCACAUCACUCAGCCUGACGUUUGUCAGUCUGUUCAAGUACAGGUCAACACGAUACUUGGCCAAGCUCUGUCCGGAAACCUGGUAAACUUGCUCUGCGGCGCACUCAACCAACAGACGUCAUCGGCAGUGCAGACGAUAUCUACCACAACGAUAAUCAUUCUGCCUUCAACAACCGCCAUUGCUCCUCCUCCACCCCCGCCUCCGCCGGCUACGACGUCUGUCGCUCCACCGCCGCCGCCACCAACAACAUCAUUAUCAACAUCAACGCCUAUUAUACUGCCGCCGUCGAGCCAGGCGCCUCUGCCUCCGGCAACCACAGCGAUACCGCCAGUAUCUAGUCAGGCGCCCCCUAUCAUACCUCCCACCACUAUUGUCACUUCAACGACAACGACUGAGAACCAGGCCUCGCCGCAAAGCACCUCUUCAGCCCCGGUGAACCCUCUCGAUGCUUUGCUCAUGAACGGCGGUAUGGUCAGCAAACCAAGAGGUCGUAUCGCGUGGGGCCUACCAGUCCUUGCCGUUGUCAUGCAUGGAAUUAUUUGA